UCAACAAUACAUACUUUUUUCUCUUUUCAUCCAAAAGUGUAUUCAAUAAAAUUUAAUUUACUUGUCAUCAGAAUAUAUAAUGGAAUCGGUUCAAAUACAUUCUGUGGACGGAAGAGAAAUAUCUAUUUCACGAUCGACGUUAAUUAGAUACAGCCGAAGAAUUAAAUUUAUGUUGGACCAUGUCCAAACCACCUCACUAUCACUGUUUACAUACCUUGUAAAUUUGAAAUUAUGAAAAUAAUCGAUGAAUUUAUGCAAAACAAAUAUCCAAAAUUCCACUCGUUGAAACCUGCAAUGGAGGUUCAUCGAAUUAGCGAACGAUUGAAAAUAAUUAGUUUAAAAAAUUUCUGCCGAUAUCAUAUGACUCAUCUUCGUCAAAUUCAAUAUGUUUGUGAAAUUUACGAAAUUUGCUUGCCAAAACAGUGAUUAUGACUUACAGUUUUAUUGUUGGGAAAAAUUUAGCGAUGAUUGGAACACAGUAUUUUAUCAAAAUAGAAACGCUUUGAACUGUGAUGAAAUUGUGAUUAACAGACUCGUUUCUCGUCCUAUAUAUCGAACUUUAGACGAAAUAACUAUCUAUAAAAUUGUUUAUGAUUGGGCAAAGCGAAAAGUUAACUCGAAUACAUUUCUGCGGCAAAUCAUGGAUCCAUUCUUAAACAACAUCAGAUUUUUUACGAUGGUUGAUGAAUUUUUAAAAUCUUAUGUUUACCCGGAACAAUUCUUAACAGAAGAAGAAGUAAAUGCCAUACAACACUACAAAGCAACGUCUGACAAAUCAAUGAUUCCAGAUAGUAUUUGUGAAAAAGAUGUCUCGAGGACCAACGAAAAGCAUGCUUCUUGGUUCACAUAUUGUAAUCGAAGUUCUUCCGUUCUCGGUAAAGAAAUAAAUAUGAAAAAGAAAUUCCAGUUCAUUUCGGAGAUAUGGGUGGUAGAAAAUUGCUUCCUUUUUGCAAUUAAACUCCCAAUUUCUCAUAGCAGGAAAGUAGGAAUAAAAAUAGUAGUAAAGUAUUUUAUCGACUAUAAUAAUUUGAAAAUCGAAAAACGACAUACACUCAUUUGUAAGAAAAACGAAUAUGUUAAAUUGAAACGAGCCGUUUAUGCUUCGAAAUUUUCUACAGUUCGUCUGAUAGUUAAAAUUAAUGAAGAUGACAUCACAAGAAGUAACAUACGAAUUAGAAAUUUGACAAAUCGUUAUAUACUGGAUAAAGGAAUGUCUGUUAUUACCGGAGAAACUGGCCCAUUGAGUAAAGAUAUAGAAUAUCUAUAUUGUGAUGUAAAACUUUAUUUUUGAAGAAGUCUAAAAACAGUUUCAUAGAAGUUUUUUAUAUAAAUUUGUUUUUAUUUCUUUUGUUUUCUGCUGUUUAUUAUGAGCAAAAUUUGUACAUUCA